UUUUAAAGUUCGUUUUGUAUUAUUUGUGUUGGGUGCAUUAUUGUGCCCAACAAUGAAGCUUUUUGUGAAUCGUUCCUUCUUACAUCUUGUGGAAGACAUCGAUUCAAUAAAGAAGAUGAAUUGGGCAGAAUUUGUGUUGUCCUAUCUUGUGCACGGGAUUGAAGAGUUUAAGAAGAAACAACAAAGUGGGGUUUGCGGUUGCAUAUUGUUUUUAAUGUUAUUCUACCACGGGCAUAUAUCGUUUGAAGAGAAAUUUCUACCGCUAUAUACUCGACCUUCUCCUCGGAUUACUGCUUGGGGAGAUGAUGAAGUAUUGGACAGGAAACGAAGAUUGAAAAAACUUGGUGGAUAUGCAAAUGAGAAUCUCAAAAUAUGGGUGAUAGAAAAUGAGAUAAGGGAUUGCGUUGAUGGAAAUGCAACGACAAUGGCGAGUGAGAAUGAGGACAAUGAGAAAUUUGUAAUCAAUCUAAACAAAGAUGUUAUUAAACGAGUAAGUGUUUUACAAUAUUCAUCGUGA